AUGGAUUUCUGGCAGAGGGCCCGCAGCUUCGCCGAGGAUGCCGCCAAGAAAUCGCAGGAGCUCACCCAGGGCAUCGCCUCCGCCAACCUUGCCGACGUCGUCUCCGAGGCCUCCAAGCGCUCCAAGGAGCUCGCCGCCGAGGCCUCCAAGAAAUCCAAGGAGCUCGCCGCCGAGGCCCUCAAGCGCGCCGAUCAGAUCACGGCUCACAUCCCGCCCGCCGCCACCGCCGCCGCCGCUCUGUCCGGUCUCGUCGACUCGUCCGCCUCCCAGAGCGGCGGCGUCGAGGCCGCCGAUCUGGAGAUGUACGGGGUGACUGAUGAGCUGAGGGAGUUUGUCAAGGAGAUCACCAUGAAUACGUUCCGGGAUUUCCCGCUUGAAGACGAUGCAGUGAUGUCUGAUGUUCCUACGGUUUCAAAUGUGCGACAGGAUCUUACCGAGUGGCAAGAAAGGCAUGCGAAGCUUGUUCUCUUAACUGUGAAGGAAAUUUCAAAGCUAAGAUAUCAGUUAUGUCCACGAGUGAUGAAAGAGCGGAAAUUCUGGAGGAUCUACUUCAUUCUAGUUAAUAGUCAUGUGGCACCAUAUGAGCACCGUUAUAAUGAAGAUCUAAAGCUCAAAGCUACUGAAAAGGUAAAAGAUAUUGAGGUGAAGGAUGUUUCAUCAAGUGCAACUCCUUCAAAAACAGACGAGGGUUCAAAACAGAAGAGCAGCUCUCAGAAGUCACCAGUUUCCGAGCAGGAUUUGGAUGUUUUUCUUCUGGGAGAUCUGGAUGAUGGAGAUGAUGGUCCAGAUGAUGGCGACAAUGGCUUUGAUGAUGAUUUUGAUAAAAUAUAA